UCCCGCUCCUUUAGGGAUUUUCAGAGGCUGCUCCCUCCCCUACGUUCUCAGGAAAACCUGCUGGCUCUCCUCACCUCCCACUUCCAGCCGCACCGAUGAUGACUGAGAGCGUCUCACAUCAGCCAUGGAUCAUUUCGCUCUAACGUCUAAGUCCUGUGCAGACUCGGAGCGAGCCGUUCAGCAGGAGACGUCCAGCGACUGGUCAGCGGUUAACUGAGGAGGGAAAAGCCCGUCCGGGAGACCAGACAUGGGGAAAGUUUACUACGUGAGUAAGAACGUGGGCAUCGGGAUCCUGGUCCUGGCGGCCACGGCCCUCGCCACCAUCAUCGGCCUGUCCGUCGCCUACAACAAGGAGCGGGCCCGAGGUCGGGGCGGGCCGGGGGACGAGGGCGGCUCCGCGGCCCCCCCCACCACCCCGUCCACCCCCAAGGACCCCUGGGACCGGUACCGGCUCCCGGGGGCCCUGGUCCCCAUCUCCUACAACGUGACCCUGUGGCCCCGCCUGGAGCCCGACGCCCGCGGCGUCUACGUGUUCACCGGCCGCUCGGCCGUCGUGUUCCGGUGCGUGGAGGAGACGGACCUGGUGAUCAUCCACUGUAACAAGCUGAACCUGACCCGCCAGGGGGGCCAGCUGGCCGCGCUGCGGGGCCUGGGGGCCACCGCCGCGCCCGCCACGCGCAGGUCCUGGCUGGUGGAGAAGACCGACUACCUGGUGCUGCAGCUGCGCAGCCGGCUGGCGGCCGGGGCCUCUUACCUGCUGCAGACGGAGUUCACGGGCGAGCUGGCCGACGACCUGGAGGGAUUCUACCGGAGCGAAUACGUGGAGGACGGCGUGAGGAAGGUCGUGGCCACCUCCCAGAUGCAGGCCACCUACGCCAGGAAGACCUUCCCCUGCUUCGACGAGCCGGCCAUGAAGGCCGUCUUCAACGUGACCAUCGUCCACAGCCGGGACACGGUGGCGCUGUCCAACGGCAGGGAGACGGACUCUUCUCUCUCCGUCAUCGACGGCUCGGCGGUCAAGGUCACGACCUUUGAGCCGACAGAGAGGAUGUCCACGUAUCUGCUGGCGUUCAUCGUCAGCGACUUCGCGUACAUUCAGUCAAACCAAAGCAAACCGCUGAUCCGCAUCUGGGCCCAGAAGAAGGCCAUCAGCGGGCGGCAGGGCGACUACGCCCUCAGGGUCACGGGCCCCAUCCUGCAGUUUUACGAGCGGUACUACAACACCAGCUACCCCCUCUCCAAGUCAGAUCAGGUGGCACUGCCCGACUUCAACGCCGGGGCGAUGGAGAACUGGGGGCUGGUCACCUACAGGGAGACGGCGCUGCUCUACGACCCCGUCCUCUCCUCCACCGGGAACAAGGAGCGGAUCGCCACCGUCAUCUCCCACGAGCUGGCACACAUGUGGUUUGGAAACUUGGUGACUCUGCGCUGGUGGAACGACCUGUGGCUGAACGAGGGCUUUGCCUCCUACGUGGAAUACCUGGGGGCCGACUACGCCGAGCCCUCCUGGAGUAUCAAGGACCACAUCGUCCUGUACGACAUGCAGAAGGUGUUCGCCGUGGACGCCCUGGCCUCCUCCCACCCGCUCACCCGCCGGGAGGACGAGGUCAACAGCCCGGCGGAGAUCAGCGAGAUGUUCAACACCAUCUCCUACAGCAAGGGCGCGGCGGUGCUGCGAAUGCUGUCGGAGUUCCUCAGCGAGCCCGUGUUCGCCAGAGGCCUCAGCUCGUACCUGAACACAUUCGCCUUUGGAAACACGGAGUACACAGACCUGUGGAACCAUCUCCAACGGGCUGCUGAAAGCACGCCGGGUUUGCAGCUACCGCACUCGGUCCACGACAUCAUGAACCGCUGGACGCUCCAGAUGGGAUUCCCCGUGGUGACGAUCAACACCACGACGGGCAGAGUCACGCAGAAACACUUCCUGCUGGACCCCGAGUCCGUGGUGGAGAGGCCGUCCCAGUUCAAAUACACCUGGUUCGUCCCGGUCAAGUGGAUGAAGACGGGCGUGGAGCAGCAGCAGUACUGGCUCCUGCAGAACACAGACACCCACGGGCCCAUGAGGGCGUCAGGAGAGGACUGGGUGCUGGCGAACACCAACAUGUCCGGAUACUUCAGGGUGAACUACGACCAGGGGAACUGGGACCGGCUCCUCGCCCUGCUGCACGCCAGCCAUCAGACUUUAUCGGUCAUCAACCGAGCACAGAUCAUAGAUGACGCAUUUAAUUUGGCAAGAGCUAAGAUAAUCUCCACCAGCCUGGCUCUGAGGACGACCACGUACCUGUCCCAGGAGCGGGACUACAUCCCCUGGGAGUCGGCGCUGAGGAGUCUGGACUAUUACAUCCUCAUGUUGGACCGCACCGAGGUGUACGGGGCCCUGCAGGCGUAUCUCAAGAAGCAGAUCGUACCUCUGUUUGAAUACUUCAGGAGCAUCACAGCCGACUGGACCAAAGUACCGGCGGGACACAACGACCAGUAUAACCAGAUAAAUGCCAUCGGCAUGGCCUGCAGGAUGGGAGUGGAGGACUGCAGGGACCUGACCAGGACCUGGUUCAGACUCUGGAUGCAGAGUCCGGCUCACAACCCGAUCCAUCCCAACCUGAAAAGCACCGUUUACUGCAGCGCCAUCGCCUUCGGCGGCGUGGCGGAGUGGGACUUCGCCUGGGAGAUGUACAGGAACGCCACGCUGGCGUCAGAGGCGUCACGGCUCCGGGCGGCCAUGGCCUGCACCAAAGCCCCCUGGCUCUUAAACCGGUAUCUGGAGUACAGCCUCGACCCGACUAAGAUCCGCAAGCAAGACGCCACGUCGACCAUCCAGUACAUCGCCAGGAAUGUUGUGGGGAUGCCGCUGGCCUGGAACUUCGUCAGGGCCCGAUGGAGCUACAUCUUCCAACAGUAUGGAAGGGGAUCGUUUUCCUUCUCUAAUCUCAUCCCGGGGAUCACCAGGCGAUUUUCCACAGAGUUUGAGCUGCAGGAGCUGAAGAAGUUCCGAGAAGACAACCUCCACGUGGGCUUCGGCUCCGGCACGCUGGCCCUGGAGCAGGCCAUCGAGAAGACCACGGUCAACAUGAAGUGGGUGACGGAGAACAAGGCCGAGGUGCUGCGCUGGCUGGCCGAGGAGGCCACAUGAGGCCACACGAGGCCGGGGAAAGAAGUGGCUCUUUUUGUUUUCGUGUGUUAAUAAUGACUGACGAUCACCAUCAUGUUCAGGAGCAACGGAGGCAUCACGAGAACGUUUCACCAUCGGGACGCCGAGAGUCGCCGGAGAGUAGCGUCAGCGCAAGGAGGACUAUCUUUCUUUUGUUUAUAUGUCAACUUCUAGGAUGAUUUGAUCGCUAUGGUGUAUGCAAGGCAUAAAAUCCACAAACAUAAGGCAUUGAUCUGGUUGCUAAGCAACUGCUUCACAUGUAAUUAACACUGAUGCGAUGACCUUUCAUGCAAAUCUCAUGAAUUUAAAAUGAUCCAGGAAUGACAUUUGAUGCUGGCCUACAAGAGUGUUUAUUUGCAGAUGUGCAACAUGUUCUGAUGUUUCAAACCAGAUUAUUGGUCGGCAAUAGCUUUUAUUAUCUGAAAAGUACUGUGGCCGAGACCCGCCAUUGCUGAAAAUAAAAGUAACGCUGCAAACAGAAACAAACGCAGCUGCAAAUUAAAAA